CAGUGGAAUUUGUACUCAGGAAGUUAGGUAACACUUUAUGAUGGGAUUCAAGACUAACUAUGAAAAUUCAGCAUCUGAAUGUUUCAAAAGUGUAUUUGCUGUAUUGCCAAAUUAGAAAGAGCAGCAAAGAAACAUCAUGGGGAAAAAAAUGAUUUUGUUUCUGAUUGUUGGAGUCCUUGGGGCAUAUUACAUUUACACUCCUUUCCCAGAUAAUAUUGAGAAGCCUUGGAAACUGGUGUGGACAACCACAAAUUUGAAAAUGGUCACCGAUGUGGCUUGGUUUGCUGAACUCUUGGGAAUCAGCCAUAUCAUGGACACUUUAAAUUUCUUUAUGAGCUUUCUAGAAGUCCCCAUCACAUCUGAUGAAAAUGUCACUGUGACGGAGACAACUUUCAAUAAUGUUCCUGUCCGCGUAUAUGUGCCAAACCGAAAGUCAGAGAUACUAAGAAGAGGUUUAUUUUAUAUCCAUGGUGGUGGUUGGUGUUUGGGGGAUGCUGCUUUUUUUGAUUAUGACCUGCUGUCAAGACGGACAGCUGAUAGACUUGAUGCUGUUGUCAUAUCAACCAACUACAGACUAGCACCUAAAUAUCAUUUUCCAAGUCAAUUUGAAGAUGUAUAUAAUGCAUUAAGGUGGUUCUUACACCAAGAUGUUCUUGAAAAAUAUGGCGUAGAUCCUGAAAGAAUUGGUGUUUCUGGAGACAGUGCUGGUGGAAAUUUGGCAGCAGCAGUGGCUCAACAGCUCAUAGAGGACCCGGAUGUCAAGAUCAAACUUAAAAUCCAAUCUUUAAUAUAUCCUGCCCUUCAGACACUUGAUAUGGAUUUACCAUCAUAUAGAGAAUAUCCAAACUUUCCACUUCUACCCAGAUCACUUAUGGUCAGGUUCUGGAGUGAAUACUUUACCACAGAUAGAUCACUUGAAAAAGCCAUGCUCUUCAAUCAACACAUACCAGUGGAAUCAAGCCAUCUGUUCAAGUUUGUUAAUUGGAGUUCCUUGCUCCCUGAGAAGUUCAGAAAAGGGCAUGUUUAUAAUAAUCCAACUCAUGGUAGUUCCAAGCUAGCUAAAAAAUAUCCAGGGUUCCUAGAUGUGAGGGCAGCCCCGCUGUUGGCUGAUGACAACAAGUUGCGUGGUUUACCUGUGACCUAUGUCAUCACUUGUCAAUAUGACGUUUUAAGAGAUGAGGGAAUCAUGUAUGUCACCCGACUUCGGAAUGCUGGAGUUCAAGUGACCCAUAACCAUGUUGAGGAUGGAUACCAUGGAGCACUUUCCUAUAAUGGAUUUAAAAUUGAAUAUAGAAUAGAAAAUCAGUAUAUGAGUUGGCUACAUGAAAAUCUAUAGUGAAAAUCUAGGCAAUGAUUUAUUAAAAAUAUAUAUGCCUCAGAACAGAAAAAAAAUAAUGAAAAUCAAAGGGUGGGUGUUUACAUUGAUGUUUAUUAUCUGUGACCUUCCAAAGGUACCCAGCUAUAGUGGCAUUUUUUUGACAUCUAACAAAUUCUUGCCCAUUUUAUUCCUUAUUCUAAGUGUUAUUCACUCACUUCUAUGAAAAUACUUUCCUAUUUUUUUCCUGAUACUAUCAUUUACUUCUUAUAUAUCUAAUAUACAGUCCCAGUUUUUUGAUUGCUUAAGAGUAUUACAGUUGAGAAGAAAGUUUUAAACAAACACAUCUGGUUUGUGAAAUGCCAGAGUUUUAGUCAGCAUGGGUUUAGAGCAUUGAAAUAUGGCCCUGUAGGAACGGAUAUGAAUUACGUGCCAACUCUAAAAAAUUUUGCCUAUGACUGUAAAAUUUACUUCUUAAUACAAAUAUAUUCCUGUGUUAGGAUACCAAAUUUAAAGGCAAUUAUCUCUUAGGCACUUUAGGGAAAGCCAGGUAUAAUCUUGUGACAAAUUAGGGACAUUGAGAUAGGAAAAAAGCUAGCAUAAGGCAAUAGCCCCACAUGUGACAGUGGCUGACAGAGGUGAGUGAAGCUUAGGAUAUGGAAGAAAUAAUGUAACCAAAGGGAAAAAAUUAAAUCUCUGAAAGUUCUUAUGUCCUAUAUGGGUACACUGGAGGGAAAACCAAAAUUAAACUGGUUUGUUCUUAUACCACAGAGAAAAAGCCAUAGUGAUCAUAUCUUAUGUAAUAUUUGAUCAUAUUAGAGAUUCACUGAGAAAGACAGUUUAUGGGCAGUAUACAGGCUCCUGACAGCCAUCAGAAAUCAAUGCCUUUCUUCUCAGCUGUUGUCAGGCACACAGAGGUGUUGGGUGGAGAGUGACAGGGGAAAUCAUACACUUUUAUAUUGGUUGCGUUAUCAAGAUAGAUAAUCUCAUUCUUGAAAGCCCUACUCUAUACAUUUCUAUUUAUAUCUCAUGUUAUAGGACUAUAUUUCAUAUGGCCACUUAUCUGUUAAAGUUGCCUGGAGAGCAUAUUUUUUAACCUGACCACAUCAUUCUGAAGAAACUAAUAUCAUUUCAAGUAAAACCAUGUGAGUAGUAUAUAGGCAACUGGAAGAUAGGUCAAAAAUUCUAAAGGAAUUUGUGGUUAAAAUUAUGUGUGGAUAAGAAGUAGGAAUAUCUGAAGUCAUAUAGUGCAUGGGAUGGAUGUAUAAAUGAAUCAUGCCUAUGGUUCCCAGUGGAAUGUCACUGGGAUAUUUUGUGUACUCAGUUGAACAGGGCCUUUCUGUUCUUUUUCACUUGGAUUUCUGUGUCCCACUCCUUUAUCUACUUUAAACUACAUGUCCAUAAAUCAAAAUAAUCUGUUAACUGCCUAGUGGGAACAUUGUCUUAAUUUAGAACUGGAAGGUACAUUUAAAUAUAGACAUGAGUUAUGAUACAAAAUACCUUGUUAACUCUACACAAUUAAUAAUGAUGAAAUAAACUGAUAUUAAUUAUAUCAUGUUUCCCAGGACUCUUCCCUGAAGAAAGAUAUAGUAAAAUGGGGAAAUAAUAACAAACCAAGCAACAGAAAUAAAAAAUUCCUUACAGGUUCAAGUUAUGGUCCAAAAGCCCAUCCUGGUCCCACCUUCAGCUUUUACAAAGUAAAAUAGAAUAAAUUAUUAUGUAUGUCCCAUAA